UUUUCCUUAAACUUUCUUGUUAUAAAAAUAUGUCUUUUGAAUAUUUUCAAGAUCUUUCUAAUGACUUGAAAAGGUUACUUACAACUGAAAAGGAUAUGAUGUCAUUAUCUACGUUGGUUAUAAAAGAAUUUCAUGCUCAUUCGAAUAUUUUAUAUGGAGCAAUGAAGAUAUUACGAUUUUAUUCCAAUAAUAAGAUUUUAUCAUAUUUAUCUGAUGAUUUUCUUGAUAAAAUAUAUCCUUUAAAAGAAUUACUACCAAAAGAUUUAGCUGAUGAAUUGAAAUCGUUAUUUUGCUUUUUUGCUAGUUGGAUCGAUAAGAAAGAAAAUUUACAUUAUAAUAAUGUGAGGAAUAUUCCUUAUAAUUUCAAUUUACUUUAUCGUGCUAGUAGAGAUAGUAAUACACCUGCAGAAUUUCAUGCUAAAUGUGAUAAUAAAGGAGCUACUAUAGUUGUUGUAAAAAUUAAAAUUUCAGAACAAAUGGCGGAUAUAAUCCACUUUAUUGGAAUUCAAGUGGAUUAUGGAAGAAAUAAUCCGAAUUAUGCACCAUUAUUUGAUAGUGGUUGGUAUUUAUAUAAUACAAUCAUAACGAGCUUGGUGUUUGGUAUAGUAAAAAAUUUGGAAGUAAUUGAUGGCAACAUCUAUUAUCAGGCUUUAAACCAAUCACUUAAAGCAGGAGAACAAUUUACUAUUGCUGCAAAUGAUAUCAUGACACCUACUCUUCUUGGGCCAUAUAGUAUUGAAGUUGCUGUUGUAGACCAACCUAGUGAUCCAAAAAAUUCAUAUGAGGUCCAUGCUUGUGCAAUUACUGUGGUUUUACCUUGA